AUGUUGCCACCAUCACUCAUAUAUUUUGUCUGGUUCUUUGGCGCAGUUGAGGCCAUUCUGAAUGCAACGGAGUCAGCAACUCAAUAUAUCCUUCAAAACGAUGAUCUUUAUGUAGCAGUCAACAAAAGCAACGGCCAAGUCGGGAAGAUUCUUCUCCAAGGUGAAAAUCUCCUCGGAGCGACGGGCAAAGGCCCUUACGUGGACUGCUCAUGUGUACCAAGUGGGUUCUGGGGUCCCGGCAACCCAGAUACAUCUUCUUAUCGUCUGAUUACUGGUUCUGACGCUUCUCAUACACCCUACGGCGGUAUUGUUCUCAAUGACAAUUACGGAAAUCAAUCCAUCGAACAAUACUGGUUCCUUCGAGAGGGUGAAACCGGCAUUCACACAUUCACUCGAGUAUAUUACUACAACGGCACGGGCCUUCAGACUCUCGGAGAGUUGCGCACUUUAUUCCGGCCCAACACGGAUCUCUGGACUCACUUGUAUGCCAACCAAGACAACUGGGCACCCCGGCCCACUUCUGAGGGUGUUCCGGCUCAAGAUGCAACAGGAUACGUUGGAAACCUGACCGAUAUGGCCUACGUUCAGCAAUACGCCAACUUUUUCACCAAAUAUGCCUUUGCGGAUCAAUGGCGAAACCAUAAAGUGCAUGGAAUGUAUGCAGACGGAUCUACCAGUAAAGGGAAUGUCACCUAUGGUGCAUGGCUAGUACAUAACACUGUGGAAACGUACUAUGGUGGCCCCUUGCACUCGGAUAUAAUGGUUGACGGCAUAGUGUACAAUUACAUCGUGUCCAGUCAUCAUGGAGCGCGAACGCCGAAUAUGACGGAUGGAUUUGACCGCACCUUUGGGCCACAGUACCAUCAUUUCAACAAAAAUGGUUCACUCCAAGAACUUGCGGCGGACGCUGCACAAUAUGCAGAUCCGGCCUGGAAUGCUGAUUUCUAUGAUGAAUUAGCAAAUCACGUGCCCAACUAUGUCGUCAGUUCACGGCGUACCACCUUUGAGGCGACUAUUUCUGUGCCAAAGACUGCCAGAGAGCCGAUAGCAGUGCUAGCAGAAAACCAUCAAGACUUUCAAAGCAACACUAUUCAUGGCGAUAGCUUGCAAUACUGGGCAGAGAUUUCUAGCAGUGGAGAGAUUGAGAUACCCAGGGUGAAGGAGGGCACGUACAGAUUAACAAUCUAUGCGGAUGGUGUAUUUGGAUGGUUUAUCCAAGACGACAUUCGAGUGAGCACCUCCAACAAGACCGUGCCGCAUUUCACCUGGAGCGAGGAAGAAGCAGGGACAGAAAUAUGGCGCAUCGGCACUCCAGAUAAGUCUGCGGGGGAGUUCAAGCACGGCAAGCAACCAUACAAGGAAAAAGAGCUGCAGCCUGAUCAGUUCCGCAUGUAUUGGGCCCUCUGGGACUUCCCAUCCGACUUUCCCGAUGGGGUCAACUAUAAAGUGGGAGAAAGCGUUCCCGAGGAGGACUUCAACUACAUUCAUUGGAGUGUCAUUUCACAACCGGGCAACUUUUUCCGUUCUGAGCCGUACUACGAUAAUGUCAACAACUGGACGAUUCGUUUCGACCUUGCGGCUGAAAGCCUGGCACGGGUGGAAACGGCCACAUUCACAGUGCAGGUCGCGGGCGCCAAAACAGGCAGUAGGAACCCUGAAUGGGUCAACCUACCAUACACCCUAAAUGUCAACGGCGCCGACGUUGAGACGUACAUUAUCCCGUGGAAUGUCAGCACCUCUUGCGGCGUCAGAAGCGCUGUCAGCUGUCACAACUUUGCGCACAAAUUUGUCUUUCCCACCAGCAUACUUGUCCAAGGUGAAAACUUCUUUGUUUUGAGCCUUCCAUUCAACGCUUCCAGUGUGGAGACGGCUAUGCUACCAUGGACCACGUAUAUUCAAUACGAUGCACUACGACUGGAGCUUGAGUGA